GUAUGUGGAAGCUCAUCCAAUAUGAUUAUGUAUAAAAGUUUUAUUUUUCUACUUUUUAUUAUUGUCAACAUCUCCAAUAAAUAUGUAAUUGCCGAAAAUGAUGAAGACGUAUCGACAGAUUUAUAUGUUAUCGAAGGAAAAGUUUUUCCAUGGGAAAAUGGAGCUCCAAGUGGCUGGCAAUUAAUGACCCAUGUCAUGGCUAAUGGUGGAGAACACUAUGGUUUCUUAAGAGAAGAUGGAACAUUUAUCAUUUCUAAUGUACCAUCAGGAUCAUAUGUAAUCGAGGUUGUAAACCCAAACUGUGUUUAUGAACCUAUAAGAGUAGAAAUUAACUCAAAAGGAAAGUUCAGAGCAAGAAAAGUUAAUUUGAUUCAGACAUCACAAGUAAUACAAGUUCCUUAUCCAUUAAAAAUGAGACCUUUAACACCAUUUCGAUAUUUUCAAGUUAGAGAACAAUGGAGAGUAACAGACUUUUUAUUUAAUCCAAUGGUUUUAAUGAUGAUAUUACCAUUAUUGUUAAUUAUGAUUAUACCAAAAAUUAUGAAUGAUCCUGAAACCAGAAAGGAAAUGGAACAAUUAAAUAAUUUCACUAAUUAUAAUAUGCCAGAAAUGUCUGAGGUAAUAACAUCAUUUUUAUCUGGUGGAGAAAAACAAAAAUCAAAAGCAGUAAAAGCAGCAAAAAAAAGACAAUGAUUGAAAAGUCUAUAGGAUGUAUGUUUGCACUUUUACUCUAGUCUUUUAGUUAAUCAUAUUUUAGAAAAAAGAUAUCGAAUUUUUCUUUCCACAUUUGAAAAAUAACAGUGAAUUCUAAAAUGUUAUUUAGUGCAUAAUUGAAUAUACUAAUAUCAUGUUAUAUAAUUUUUUUUAUU